CACGUGAGCGAGUCUCUUUUCUAAACAAAGGUGUUUGAAUGUGGGCAAGAUGGCGGAGGCUGUGUCGGAGCUACGGUGAUAUCCCGCAGAAAUCUGGCCGUACUGCAUCUCUUACGGCUCUAGCCAACACGACAAGCCUGUGGAUCGGUUCUCAACAUCAUCACCCCCGUCGGAAGAGAUCCUGCCGUCAUCUUGUUGGACCUUUGUCCCGCUUGAAUCCACGUGAGAAUUAUUCUGCAACAUUUCCAAGGAGACCCGGACGCAAAAGACUGGACCUUGCUGUAGCUAGCUUACCUCACCUGUGGUAGUUAGCGGACUUUACUGCGGCAUUCCUUCAACGUGAACGAUAGUUAGCAAAGCCGAACUGGACAUCGCGUGCCAACCGUUCUCGGAGUAGUUAGCAAAACUGGAGCAACCGUUUUGUUACGGUUUGAAGAAACGUGUGAAACCCAGCUGUCGUGUGCACGCUAGCAGGCCUGGACUGAAACUGGCAGACUUUCCGCAGUUUGAAGAAGAUAUACGCCAAUACGCUGGCUUGUUAAACAAAUAAGACGAGAGACGGCAAGCUCUUGGCUGACCUGGUAGAAUGGAGGGGCCCGAACAUCCAGGGUCAAAUGUUCGUUUUAUGGCUCCGACAGGGGAGCCCGGGCCGCGGAUCAUUCCCGAGGGGAUGGUGAUCGACGGGCGCGAGCAGCAGGGUAGCGCGGGAGGCGAGGUCGAAGACCGUUUGAACUACAUCAAGCAGCAACAGGCUCUACAGCGAGAGCUCCUGCACCAGCACUUCAGACAACAGGAGGAGCAGCUCGCCCGGCAACAUCAGGCGGAACUGCAGCAACACCUGCACCUACAGAAGAACUGCUAUGGGUUGGGGCUUAAACUGGAGUUGCUACGGCAACACUUCCGUCAGCAGGAGGAGGACCUGGCCAGACAGCACCAGAGCGAGCUGCAGACACAGCUGCACCUACAGAAGGUAGCUGUCAUCUCACGACGGCCAGAGAACAUGUCACCUAUGGGAAUGAGGCUGCAGGCCUUGAGAGAACAACAGGAGCUGGCACAGGCCAGGGGCAAACUCCAGGAAAAACAGUCGGAGCGACAAAAACAACUCCUGGCCGGGAAGAAAAAAGAAAACAGUGCAAUGGCCUCUACAGAGGUGAAAGAGAAGUUGCAGACGUUCAUCCUGAGUAAGAAACAGCGAGAGGCGGCUGCUAACAGCCUCCACCAGUCUCCAUCCCUCAGUAUGGCUCACUGGCCCCACGGCUCCCUGGGUCAUAUGCCCAUGUCAGGUGACCUGGCGGCGGCAGCGGCGUACAAGGGACACCCGAUGUUGGGUACUUACGGGAGCAACGCGGACUUCCCACUCAGAAAAACAGCCUCCGAGCCAAACUUGAAGGUUCGAUCGCGCUUGAAACAGAAGGUAGCGGAGCGACGAAGCAGUCCGCUUUUACGCAGGCGUGACGGCAUAGGAGGCAGCUUUAAGACAAGAAAACCGUUAUCAAGUGAGCACCCGACAGUUCCCUACAAUGUGCAUGCAUUGGUUGACCUCUCCCCCACGGGGGUGGACACGUCGUCCUGUAAGAGUGCCCCAGGGUCGGGACCCAGCUCCCCCAGGAGCAGCCACAGCAACAUGGUCAUCGCUGGCAACCACGAGGAAUCCGGUGUCCAGCCUGCGGUGAUGCCUGGGAGAAUGGUGGGCGGGAACGCGGCAGACUUCACCCUGUACACCUCCCCAUCUCUACCCAACAUCUCCCUGGGACUGGCCAACUCCUCAAGUUCUGCUGAUACCACUCAGACGGGAGAGAAAGUCGUGCAGUCGGCGCUAUCCCGUGAGGCGGAGCUUCGCGCCAUGGCGGCGGCACGGCUCGGACAGCCGCUGACCGGUCACAUGAUUCCCACGCAGUCCGGACUGGCGCACCUGGCCAUGCACGGCGGGAUGGAGUCGGAACUGAACCAGUCGUUUCCGCCCGGGAACCCCAACCUGCUCCACGCUCGGAUGAAGGCCUUGGAACAGCAGGGCAUUCCCCCUGUAACUGUGCAGCAUCUGCUAGCAGGAGCGAGACAUGGCGAUCUGUCGGGGCCCGCGUCAACGGUAGCGAUGAUAGCUACGACAAUGUCCACGGGAGUGUCGAGGCCUGACAACCAGCCACCCAAUGCAAUACCACGCCGUCUACACAAACCUCUGGGUCGGACCCACUCGGCACCCCUCCCCGGUACACACAUGCACCACCUACAGCAGCAGGUGCUCCACCCGCAGCACUACAUGCAGGCGCUGCUCAGACAGCAUGUUGUGAACAAGCAGCAGCUUGGUAACGGGGACAUCGCUAAGCAGCCCCGCCCCGAGCCCCACCCUGAGGAGACGGAGGAGGAGCUAAAGGAACACACCCAGGUCACCGUCAAACAGGAGCCGCUCGACAGCGACGAGGAAAACGAAGAGGAGGAAUCCUGUCGGCAGUUAGAUAUGAAUAUUGACGGGACUAGCACUCACAGACCACUAUCCAGAGCUCAGUCAUCGCCGGCAACAUACAACUCUGUCAAAUCUGUCUUUACCACAGGAGUUGUGUACGACCCCCUGAUGCUGAAGCACUCGUGCAGCUGUGGUAACAACAGUUACCAUCCGGAACACUCCGGUCGCAUCCAGAGUGUCUGGUCCAGACUACAGGAGACCGGGCUAGUCAACAGAUGUGAGAGAGUACGAUCAAGAAAAGCUACAAUAGAUGAGUUAAAAACCUGUCAUAGUGAGCAGCAUGUGUAUUUAUAUGGGACCAAUCCACUACAUCGGCAGAAACAAGACAGCAAGAAACUGGCUGGAGGUCUGCAAAAGAGUUUCAAGUAUCUUCCGUGUGGAGGACUGGGGGUUGACGCUGACACGAUCUGGAAUGAGCUUCACUCACCCAGCGCCCUUCGUAUGGCGGCAGGCUGUGUCAUAGAACUGGCUUUCAAGGUCGCACAAGGAGAGCUCAAGAAUGGCUUCGCUGUUGUCAGACCCCCAGGACACCAUGCUGAGGUUGACCAGGCCAUGGGAUUCUGUUUCUUCAACUCAAUUGCAGUCACAGCAAGGCUUUUAGUACAGAGAUUGAAGUUGAACAAAGUGCUAAUAGUUGACUGGGAUGUGCAUCAUGGGAACGGCACACAGCAGAUGUUUUACGAGGACGGACAGGUGUUGUACGUCUCCCUGCACCGCUGGGACAGCGGCAACUUCUUCCCUGGAACCGGCGCCCCCGAUGAGUGUGGGAAUGGGGCAGGUCUGGGCAAGAACGUCAACAUCUCCUUCUCUGGAGGGUUGGAACCACCCAUGGGGGACGCAGAGUACAUGGCAGCAUUCAGAACGGUUGUUAUGCCGAUCGCGGUGGAGUUCUCGCCUGAUCUAGUGCUCGUGUCUGCGGGCUUUGACACCGCCGAAGGUCACGCCCCACAACUGGGUGGCUACAAGGUCACGCCCAAAUGUUUCGGUCACAUGACCAAACAACUGAUGAGUGUUGCAGGGGGGCGAGUUGUACUGGCACUGGAGGGAGGGUAUGAUCUUGCAGCUAUCUGCGACUGCUCAGAAAUGUGUGUACAAGCACUCCUUGGAGAUGAGUUGCCGCCUUUGCCGAAGGAAAUCAUCGAGCAGCCGCCCAACAAAAAUGCAGUCACCUCUCUCGAGGAAACCAUCCGCCGGCAGACGCCCCACUGGUCCUCGCUGUCGCGAUACGCCAGUACAGUCGGGUACUCGUUGUACGAAGCCUACGAAAGGGAGAAGGAAGAGGCGGACACUGUCAGCGCGCUCGCGUCACUCAGUGUGGCGUCAGCGCCCGGGGUUGGGAUGCCAGCAUCGGCCAACAGGGCGGAAGCAGCUGAACCUAUGGAGGAGGACGGUGCGGCCGCCUGAACAUCGCGCCAGUAGGAGUGUCGUACAUAGGAUUUGGGUCGGACCCGACUUCCCGAUGGCCCACCUCCCCCCGGCCCCUGGGGCGAUGCCGUCUCUUAGAGACUCCAGGAGUCGUGGGAGCUCCUUGUGUAGUUGCUAAACCAUGCCACAGUGUGUUCCGUGCCCAGCUGUACUCUGACUGUACAAACUGUAAAGGACCGUGCAGUGUCUUUGUAUCUGGUUUUCGUGGUCGGUCAUAACGUAUUAGUCCUUUCUACUCACGACGAUAGAAAAAGAUAACUUUGUACCAAGUGGUUUCUUCCGUUUUUUUUACAUGUGGGAUUCUGUCACGUUCACGUGUGCGUACGGGAAAAUCUCGUAGUGUAUCGGGUAGCGGCGGCGACCUCGCCGGAGCUCGUAACCUGGUGUCGUUGAAAAUGUAUCCUUUUCUCAUUAAUGUCGACAAAUUUCCUCCUUAUUUUUAUGAAUUUAUUAUAUAUAUACAAGAUUGAUACUUAUGAUUGUAACAGGGCGGUGGUAAAAGCAGGCAUCGGUUUGGAGAGCAAUACCAUAGAACUGAUGAUGCCGAAUGGCCAGAGGGAACAGGCAAUUUCCGAGGCUACUGUUCUGUGGGAGGGCAUCAGCUUUUGCUCUUUGCUAGCUGAGGGAGGGAUUUUUCGAUGGUGGCUCGAUGUAUAUGUUUGACUACUUUUGCCAACUAAUCCACGAGGCGUGUCGUUGCUAGGGAAAAAAGGAUUGUCCCAAAAGUUUAUGAAAAUUCGGUAGAUCGGACAGAGAUUUUAUGGAUGGCUUUUAGAGGAGAGUGACUUAAGACGUCUGUUGUUGGUAAAAAAGGAAAACGUGAUGACUUAAGUUGUUCUGGUGUACAUAUCUUGCUUAUGAUGAGAAAGUUUUGGGAGAAAUGCACCCAGUGCAUCGGGUGGGAGAGGAAGUGAUACGUCCGAUAUAUCAUUGCAUACUUCCCUCCCACGCCUAUGCCUUUAUUUUUGAGAUGUGAGUUCAAAUUGAUAUGUAUUAGUGUACAACGUGUACAAGUGACUUGGAUCUGUAACUGUUGAUAGUGUACAGCGUAAAAAUUGUAUAUGAAAUGUUGUGCCUACUGCUGUUAGAAACUUGUAUGUAGAAAAGUGCUUGUGGUAGGGCCUCUAGCUGUUGGUGCCAUCGAGAGCACUAAGUCCUCUAGCUGCUUUCUUGAUGUUGUCUGUGUUCACAUCAAUGCCCCAACACACAUGGUUGCUUCUUUCGAUAAACCGUUGCCCCCCUCCCCCUUGUCACACAAGCCCACAAAUGGAAAACCAAACUUUAAAAAACAUCUUAUGGCCCCUUUCUGUGGUCAUCAUUAUCAUUAGUCAUCUGAUACUGUGGUAGUGCAGUUAAAUUUUUCACUUUUGGCAAUGCCUGAGGGGCAGGGUCCAAAUACAUGUCAAAAUGAAAUAAUUGUAAAGUGGGGUGGGGCAUGUCACUUUAAACAGCCUGGUAACAGCUGAAAAAAACUUCUGUUUCUUGAUUAUUCUGUUGCAGCAAACAAUUUCGUAUUGCAUCAUAUGUCUGGACAACAGGGAAUUCCAACUACAAUCUUGCCACAUUUGCUGCCCCCCCCCCCCCCUAAAUUUGAGUUUUUGCAUCAUGGAAUAGCUAGAAAGAACUUUUCCCACCAUUCAUUGGGGCACCCAUGUCUGUUGGCGGUUGCGAGUUGACACACAGUGGUUGAGCUGCGCCGAUAACGAGAGAAGCGUCGUUAGCGUCUCUCCGUGCCAUGUGUUGUGGCAUUACAGUUUUACUGUAACAACAUUCCCUGUAACCUGCUGAUAACAAUGUGUGUAAAAGACCUCUGUUACAAAUUGUACUUACUUUUCAGUCCUUUUCAGGUUCCUUGAUUUGAGAUGCUCAAAUUGGUGCUGGUGUCGUAAUUAAAGAAAUUGAUUGGCCUUUGAAAUCAAAAUCUAUUUUUAAGGAAGACGACAUAGCAAGAGUUACGUCUACUUAAUGUUUAGGACCUACCGGACAUUGUGAAUACCUGGAUAAAUUCUUGUCAAUUUCUCUUUGACCACAUCAUACUACUUAUUACUUUCAUCAAGAAAGUUGUAUUCUUUGUAAUGUGUUGAGGAAAGAAAUUAACAUGUCAGUACAGGAUUUAUAUGAGAGAUAACAGCAUCAUGUUCAAAACAUUGAAGUCUAUUCAUGCAGUCACUUUGAAGAACUAAGCUCAUAUCAUCAAAAAAGUUUCCUAUUUAUUAUGUGUAACCAUUGGCCCUCUGAUUCACCACUCUGCAUUUAAUGAAUAAAGUUUCAAGCGGCACCUGCACCCCACCAAAAAUUGUCUUGGGGUGCAUGUGUGAUUCGCUUACUCGUCAAAGGCAAAUGAAGAACCGAUGUCUAACAAAUAUCUUUGGUGCUUAUAUAAGGUACUAGGCAUGAUGAUAUCACUCACUUCUUCUGACCAAUGGUAUCAGCAUAAUUUAGAGAUCAAAUAAUUUCCAAGCAGAUGUACUGCUUUUGCUCAGUUUACCGAACUUUUACCUGGAAUGCUCCCCCCCCCUCAUUCUUUGAUUGAGAAUGCAGUUCUCAAAAUGUGCUGGUAAGAAGAAGCAAAGAGUCAGGGGAAAAAAUACCAUUUACAGUUUACACCAAAUGAGAAAAGAGCUGAGUCAAUGCAUCUCAAUUUGCAUCUUUGGGACUGUACUCAAAUGGUAUUCUUGCCAAACAGCAUGUCUGCUUGGGAAUAAAGUUCAAAAGUUAGAGUUCAGAGGUCAGACACAUUGUGUAAAAACCAUGUCAUACAGCAUUUUACCCAGGAGGAUGCCACAACACUAAAUUUAGGGCUUGACAUUUAUCCCAUGGCUCACUCAAAAAAUGAAGUUUCAUCUAUAUUUUUUUUCUGUUAAAAACUGUGGAAAAACUGUGCGAACAGAAAUGAUGUUUAAAGUUUGUGACAGAUGUUAUUUUUAUCGGUGAAAAGAUGGUUGUUUACUGGACAAUUUUGACUAUAGAUGAAUCUCAAGCCCUACAAGAAGAGCGUUUAUGUAGCAACCACCUCGCUGUGGUUGGCUUGGCUUUUUGUGUAGUCUUUUGCUCGGGGAGUCACUGGCAAUGUAAAAUUCUGUGGUACGAAGCAAUGUAACCAUCAUUCCAUGAAGUGGCUUUUGCAGUUGCAGUAAGAAUCAAAACUUAUGUACUAGGAAGGAUGGAAUGUAACUGUUGUUUUUGACUGACUGGUGCUUGUGUCGGAAUUGUACGUUCCUAUACAGCUAUACAGAGAUGGAUCGAUUUUGUUGAAAUGACGAGAAUAAAAUUCUUCCAGGAGUGACCGUUAACA